AUGGCUGUCUUCCCAAGCGAUAUUUCGUUUUACCGCUACGCACCCACAAAGGGGCUCUCGGCCGCGUUUGCAGCGCUGUUCGCCAUUUCCGGAGCUCUGCACAUCUGGCAGAACAACCUCAAGUACAAAUCAUGGCGGAUUGGCUUUCUGCUCCCCUGGGCGGCGACGCUUUUCGUCGUUGGGCUUUCGAUGCGCGAGUAUAACGCCCACCACUCUGGCAACCUUGGACUCUUCAUUUCAAGCUCGGUACUUCUCUUCAUUGCUCCGCCAGUCUACCAAGGCGCCAAUUACUUCAUCUUCGGUCGGAUCCUCUACUAUCUGCCCUACCACUCGGUGUUACAUCCAGGCCGAGUCUGGACAACAUUCGUCGCGUUGGACAUGGUCGAUGGCGUCCUCGCCGGGAUCGGCGCCUCCUAUGCUUCCAAUCCCACCCACACUCCAGGAGAAAUCAAGAUGGGUGUAAUUCUGGUCAAGGCAUCACUGUUCCUCCUUCUCGCCAUGUUUCUCGCCUUUGUCUACCUAGUUUUCCUCUUCCAUCGCCGCUGUCGCGCAGGAGGUGCAUUGAACUACAAAGCAACAGUUAUCAUCUACGAACUUUACCUGUCGAGCUUCCUCAUCCUUGUCCGCAACUGCUUCCGAACAGCGGCCUUCUUCUACCCUCCCACUGCGCCCGCCAACGGCAAAGAAUGGCCUUUCUGGGUCUUUGAGAUCGUCCCCAUGCUGCUCAACAGUGUUCUCUUGAACAUCUAUCCUCCGGCGAAGUACCUGCCUAGGAACUACAAGAUAUAUCUUGCUGUGGAUGGCAAGACGGAGAUCGAGGGCCCUGGCAUGGUUGAUAAGAGACCUUUCAUAAUGACCUUGUUUGAUCCGUUUGACAUCGCGGGCUUGGUAGCUGGGAGGGACAACAAGAAUAGGUUCUGGAUGAAAGAUGGCAUUGGUGGACCUCUCGAGGCGGGAGGCGCUGAGCUGCAAGAGUCUGUCGUGGCCCAGCAAUCGGCUAGGAAGCCUGAAUGA